AUGCCAAUUCGCAACCCAUUCGCAAAGCGCCAGGAUGUGCAGACAAGUCUGCAACCACAUGAAGAGGAGCAUGCCACACGACCCAGGUUCGAAAAGGUCGAUACCAUGGGAUCAAAGGCCUCAUCGAUGAGCAUUAGUAGCAGGCUGAGUCAAGAUCAACCUCCUGAGUACAAAAUGAGCGUUGUCAACGACAGUGGAGUUUAUCUUCCACCUUCGCCGCCUGAGAAGAAAGGGUUAUGGCCUCGACGUUCAAACCCGUCGAGUACCUCGGUGAAUAACAGCGAGUCGGAAUAUGAGCACUUCCCGAUAUCUCGGGAAUCGUUUGAUUCGUAUAGAAGGUCUUUUGAUAUAUCUGCCAGGUCUCCAGUACUCCCUGGCGACAUUGGACGCCAAAGUCUUGAUUCAGCAAGAAUGUCCAGACUCCCUCGAUCGGCCAUGAACGAGCGGCGAUUCGAGCGACAGCCUCCUACAGCUGAGGAGGGAUUUGAAGAUGUUGGGCUGAAUGAUGAAGCAAAGCAGCAGAUAAAGAAGAAGGGAUUCUUUUCGAAGUUCGGUGACUCGGACUCACAGUCUGGAUCGAGGUUUCAUAUCACAGGCCGAAAGAGGGGUCAAAGUGGGGUAGGAGAAGAAUUAGGGAGCAUGCAAAGGCCUGGUACGGCCGGUUCUGCCAAAGAAAUCCAGGAGGUUCGUUGA